CGGGACCGGCAGCAGAGGCCGGGGGCGGCGGCGGCACCGCGGGGCAGCGCGCAGGCUAAGCCAUGACUUCAGGAUCUGGGCAUGUGGACUCCAAGGCUGAGCUCACUUCUUUGCUUGAGCAAUGGGAGAAAGAACAUGGCAGUGGGCAAGACAUGGUCCCUAUUCUCACCAGAAUGUCCGAGCUGAUUGAGAAGGAGACUGAAGAGUACCGCAAAGGGGACCCAGACCCGUUUGAUGACCGACACCCAGGUCGGGCAGACCCCGAGUGCAUGCUUGGUCACUUACUGAGGAUACUCUUCAAGAAUGAUGAUUUCAUGAAUGCGCUAGUGAAUGCUUAUGUGAUGACAAGCAGAGAACCUCCACUAAACACUGCUGCCUGCAGACUUCUGUUGGACAUCAUGCCAGGACUGGAAACAGCUGUUGUCUUUCAGGAAAAGGAAGGCAUUGUUGAAAAUCUCUUCAAGUGGGCACGAGAGGCUGAUCAGCCACUAAGGACAUAUGCCACAGGACUGUUGGGAGGAGCUAUGGAAAACCAGGACAUUGCUGCAAACUACAGGGAUGAGAACUCACAACUGGUGGCUUUGGUGCUUCGUCGACUACGAGAGUUGCAGGUCACUGAAAUGACCACAAAACAGGAGAACAAGCGCCCCAGUCCUCGCAAAGUGCCAUCAGAUCCUCUGCUGCCCCUCGAUGAAGAGGCUGUGGAUAUGGAUUAUGGGGAGAUCACAGUAGAUGGAGAGCAAGAAGAAGUUUCUGGUGAUAUGGAGAUCUCCUUUCAUCUUGAUUCAAGUCAUAAGACCAGUAGCAGAGUAAACUCUGCUGUAAAGUUAGAAGAUGGGGGACUGAGAAAAAGCAAAUCAGGGAAACAGCACGAAAGAGAUGGCUUCCGGAAGGCCAAGCAAAAACUGGGCUUCUCCACCUCGGAACCAGAGAGGAUAUUUGUUGAACUGUCCAACAGCAGCUGGUCAGAAAUGUCCCCGUGGGUGAUUGGCACUAAUUACACACUUUACCCCUUGACUCCUGCCAUAGAGCAGAGGCUGAUCCUUCAGUACCUGACUCCCUUGGGGGAGUACCAAGAGCUGCUACCCAUCUUCAUGCAACUGGGAUCGAGGGAGCUGAUGAUGUACUACAUUGAUUUGAAGCGAACCAACGAUGUGCUGCUCACUUUCGAAGCCCUUAAGCAUUUGGCAUCAUUGCUACUGCACAACAAGUUUGCUACGGAGUUUGUUGCUCAUGGAGGAGUGCAAAAGUUGCUGGAGAUUCCUCGUCCUUCCAUGGCAGCAACAGGAGUGUCCAUGUGUUUGUAUUACUUGUCUUACAAUCAAGAUGCUAUGGAGAGGGUGUGCAUGCACCCCCAUAAUGUGCUUUCAGAUGUAGUGAACUACACGUUGUGGCUGAUGGAGUGCUCCCACGCCUCGGGCUGCUGCCAUGCCACCAUGUUCUUCUCCAUUUGCUUCUCCUUCCGUGCUGUCCUGGAGCUCUUUGACAGACACGAUGGGCUGCGACGUCUGGUUAACCUGAUAAGUACUCUGGAGAUCUUAAACCUGGAAGACCAAGGAGCCCUCCUGAGUGAUGAUGAGAUCUUUGCCAGUCGCCAGACGGGGAAGCACACGUGCAUGGCUCUGCGCCGGUACUUCGAGGCUCACCUUGCCAUCAAACUGGAGCAGGUGAAGCAGUCGCUGCAGCGCACUGAGGGUGGCAUCCUGGUCCAUCCACAGCCCCCCUACAAGGCCUGCUCCUAUACUCAUGAGCAGAUUGUGGAGAUGAUGGAGUUCCUGAUUGAGUAUGGUCCAGCACAGCUUUACUGGGACCCAGCAGAGGUUUUUCUCAAGUUGUCUUGUGUCCAGCUCAUGCUUCAGCUCAUUUCCAUUGCCUGCAACUGGAAGACGUACUAUGCAAGGAAUGACACAGUACGAUAUGCUUUGGAUGUACUGGCCAUCCUGACUGUAGUUCCUAAAAUCCAGUUGCAACUGGCAGAACCUGUGGAUGUGUUAGAUGAGGCUGGAUCUACUGUUUCCACUGUGGGUAUUAGUAUCAUCCUUGGAGUUGCUGAGGGUGAGUUUUUCAUCCAUGAUGCUGAGAUUCAGAAAUCAGCUCUUCAGAUCAUCAUCAAUUGUGUAUGUGGCCCAGAUAACCGGAUCUCCAGCAUCGGGAAAUUCAUCUCUGGGACUCCUCGUCGAAAGCUCCCUCAGGCCCCCAAGAGCAGUGAGCACACGUUGGCCAAGAUGUGGAAUGUGGUGCAGUCCAACAAUGGCAUCAAGGUGCUGCUGUCCUUGCUGUCUGUGAAGAUGCCGAUCACCGAUGCCGAUCAGAUCCGGGCACUGGCCUGCAAAGCCCUGGUAGGGCUGUCACGCAGCAGCACCGUCCGGCAGAUCAUCAGCAAGCUGCCCCUGUUCAGCAGCUGUCAGAUCCAGCAGCUGAUGAAGGAGCCUGUGCUGCAGGACAAGCGCAGUGAGCACGUGAAGUUCUGCAAGUACGCAGCCGAGCUGAUCGAGCGCGUGUCGGGGAAGCCCCUGCUCAUCGGCACGGACGUCUCGCUGGCACGGCUGCAGAAGGCCGAUGUGGUGGCCCAGUCCAGGAUCACCUUUCCUGAGAAGGAGCUGCUGCUGCUGAUUCGAAACCAUCUCAUCUCUAAGGGCCUUGGGGAAACGGCAUCUGUCCUUACGAAAGAGGCUGACCUGCCCAUGACUGCAGCGUCUCACUCUUCUGCCUUCACCCCUGUUGCAACCGCCGCCUCUCCGGUGACUCUGCCUCGCACUCCUCGCAUAGCUAACGGCAUCUCGGCCCGUUUGAGUAGCCACACUGCUGUAGGUUCCACUGCCAGCUCUGUCCAUGCUCAGGCAAGGCCGUCUGCAUCCCAAGGUCCACCUGCCCUUCCAGGCCCUUCUUACUCCAGCAACUCUCCUCUGAUUGGCAGGAUUAGCUUUGUCAGGGAGAGGCCGUCUCCCUGCAAUGGCAGGAAAAUCAGAGUGUUGCGACAAAAAUCGGACCAUGGCGCCUACAGCCAGAGCCCAGCUAUCAAAAAGCAGCUGGACAGACACCUUCCUUCCCCACCCACGCUGGACAGUAUAAUCACAGAGUACCUUAGGGAGCAGCACGCCCGCUGCAAGAACCCUGUUGCCACCUGUCCCCCUUUCUCUCUCUUUACUCCCCACCAGUGUCCUGAGCCAAAACAGAGGCGCCAGGCGCCCACUAACUUUACCUCACGGCUGACCCGCAGGGCGGCCUUUCCGAAGUACGGAGGGGUGGAUGGUGGCUGCUUUGAUAGACACCUUAUAUUUAGCAGGUUCCGUCCAAUUUCUGUGUUCAGGGAAGCAAAUGAGGAUGAGAGUGGCUUUACCUGUUGUGCAUUUUCUGCAAGAGAACGAUUCUUAAUGCUGGGUACUUGCACGGGGCAGUUGAAGCUCUAUAAUGUGUUCAGUGGACAGGAAGAGGCCAGUUACAACUGCCAUAACUCUGCCAUCACGCACCUUGAGCCAUCCAGGGAUGGGUCUUUAUUGCUGACGUCUGCUACAUGGAGCCAACCUCUGUCUGCAUUGUGGGGAAUGAAGUCUGUCUUUGAUAUGAAGCAUUCCUUCCCUGAUGACCACUAUGUGGAGUUCAGCAAGCACUCUCAAGACAGGGUCAUUGGCACAAAGGGAGACAUUGCACAUAUAUAUGAUAUUCAGACUGGCAACAAGCUGUUGACUCUGUUUAACCCAGAUCUUGCCAACAACUACAAGAAGAACUGUGCCACCUUUAACCCCACUGAUGAUCUUGUCCUAAAUGAUGGUGUCCUCUGGGAUGUGAGAUCAGCACAAGCCAUCCACAAGUUUGACAAAUUCAACAUGACUAUCAGUGGUGUUUUCCAUCCCAAUGGGCUGGAGGUCAUAGUCAACACUGAAAUUUGGGACCUCCGAACUUUCCAUUUGUUACACACAGUACCUGCACUGGAUCAGUGUCGUGUGGUCUUCAACUAUACUGGCACAGUGAUGUAUGGAGCUAUGUUGCAGGCAGAUGAUGAGGAUGACCUUCUAGAGGAGAGAAUGAGAAGUCCCUUUGGCUCUUCUUUCAGGACAUUUAAUGCAACUGAUUAUAAACCUAUAGCUACCAUAGAUGUAAAGCGGAAUAUCUUUGACUUGUGCACAGACAGCAAGGACUGCUACCUGGCUGUCAUUGAGAACCAGGGCAGCAUGGAUGCCAUGAACAUGGACACGGUGUGCAGGCUCUAUGAAGUGGGCCGGCAGCGGCUGGCAGAGGAUGAGGAGGAUGAAGAAGAAGACCAGGAGGAAGAGGAGCAAGAGGAAGAAGAUGAUGACGAAGAUGAUGAUGACACAGAUGACCUGGAUGAACUAGAUACAGACCAGCUGCUGGAGGCUGAGCUGGAGGAGGAUGAGAACAAUGAGAAUGCUGGUGAGGAUGGAGAAAAUGACUUUUCUCCCUCCGAUGACGAGGAGAUUGCCAACCUCCUGGAAGAGGGAGAUGAGGGUGAAGAUGAAGAUUCUGAUGCUGAUGAGGAAGUUGAACUGAUACUUGGAGAUACCGACAGCUCCGAUAAUUCCGACCUGGAGGAUGACAUCAUCCUGUCCCUGAAUGAGUGAGGAGCGCCUGCGGGCCGGGGUGUGGCAGGAGGAGAGACCUCCCUUCCCAACAGAAGACCAGAGACCAAAUUGGAAACUGACUCUGAGCACCCCAGCCCUGCUUUUCCUGGGAAAACCUGAGCAUCUCCUGCCGAUCCGCUCUGUUGGUUUGAGUCAGUUUGAGGCUCGGGGCUAAGUCUCAAUAAAGAGACCUGGGGUUAGGCCUCAUUUCUCUCUGCCUUUUUUUUUUCUUUUUUUUUUUUUUCUUGUUUUUUUGAUUUUUCAUUUUAGGCUGAGAUGACUCUUCAAGGAAACUUCUGAAGAUAUUUCACAAUAUAUUUUCUUUGUAUAAAGUUCUUUCCUAAAGAACAGAAAUAGUUUUAUAAAAAAAAAAAAAAAAAAAAAAAAGGCAAGUGUUCUAGUAAAGAGGGGAGACCUUUGUAUUCCUGUAGUACCUUGUUACCAUGGGGUAGGUUGGGGAGAAAAAUUGUUUAAAAUGAAAUGAAAUUAAAAUUUAUGCAACUAAGUGAAAUAAGAGGAUCAUGGUUUCUAAUAUUGUUGAGGAGUGAGAAUAUUUUUAUUUUAAAUAUGAUUUUAUUUUUAAAAAAGAACUACAGGUGUUAUACCUGCUAAUGCACCAGUGUGUUCCAGAUGCUUUUGUCCUCCAGGGAAGAGCCCCUGGAGUGUUUGCUAAUGUCGAUUUGCGCUGUGGUACCAGCUGUAGUGGGAGGCUGAAAUCCUGGCUGGGCCUCGUCAGAGCCUGGUAUUCCUGAAGACAUGGGAAUCUGGGAUUGAAGUUUGAGCCCUUUUUCUCCUCUCUGCCCUUUGUGGUUCAAGUUUUUUAAUCUUUCUCUUUCUUUCUUUUUUUCUUUCUUUUUCCCUCUUGUCUUCUGUGUGGAAACUACAAAUUGAAGGCCUUUUUCUUUAAUGUAAAGUGUAUUUAUUAAAAAAUGAAAUACAAA